AUGCAGACCGUGCAGAGACAGUUCGGAAAAUUUAUGAAAAGGUCAGCCGACGACAGCCAGGUAGCCAUUCUCUUGAAAGAUUUUGACGAAGCGGACAACCUUCUGGGCCGGAUUAUCGAUUCUACCAGCGCCUGGCGUGACGCCUGGUCUUCGCUCUUGACAUACCAAAGUCGAAUGAUUAGCGAAUUCGAGAACAUCUAUGCUCCUAUUGUCGGCUCUUCAGACUCUUCCUCCCCUAAUAAAGCUGUUUUAACACCUGAGUCAACUUUGGCCAGAACAACCAAACUUCGCGAGGAAUAUGAAGAUCUAAGAAAGGAGCUUCUCAACGAGCUUACUGUGGUGGAUCAACGUAUGAUCCAGCCCGCGUCACAGGCCCGGGACUGUUUCAACCCUGUCAAAAAAACCAUCAAGAAGCGUGAGGAUCGAAAAUUGGACUACGAGCGCUACCAAAGCCGUGUGGAUAGCUACUCCAAAAAGGCAAAACGAUCUGACCGUGACAAUACAAACCUUUCCAAGGCGGAGAUCGAUCUUGCAAAAGCGACUGAGGACUACCAUGCAGCGGACGAACACUUGCGACAGCGUCUCCCACCGUUAAUUACGGCAGCUUUCUCAAUGCUCCCUCACCUACUAGCCGCACAGAUUGAGAUCCAGAAUACGAUGCUAGCGCACUACUAUACUGCUAUCUACAACUAUAGUCAAGAAGAGAAAUUCCCGUCACCACCACUGCCCAUGGAACAAAUCGUGCUUGAUUGGCAGCAGAUCCUCCUUCCGGUGCAGGAAGAAGUCGAGGGGUUUGGCUGUCUGGCCAAUGGUAAAGCUGUGCAACGACCCCAAUCGAAGGACGAUUCUCGGAAUGGUGGGUAUCAUUCUAAUGGUCAUGGGCCAACUGGAAUGAACUAUCGCCAUCCUAGUGGUCAAUCCUCGGCUAUGCGACAACGUGCAAUAUCGCCAGCUCGAAGGAUAUCCCCCCCAUCACCGGCAAAUGACACGCGACCAACCCCAGUAUUCGAGACCAAACCUCGUGUCAAUGGCCUUACGUCUCCGCCUCCCUCUUCCGGCCUCACCAGUCCUUCAACCUAUCUCUCUUCGGAUAGCUCCCUCACACGGAGCUCUGAAUACACUCAUCCCUCUCCAACUGGGCCUUCUACUGUUUCUGCACGCACCGACUACUUUAGCCACAAUCCUUCCUCGGUUGGUAACGGAUCAACCACUCCAGGUUACAACGUCCUUGCGACCGCGGUUGGCAAAAAGAAGCCUCCACCACCACCGAAACCUCGCACAGCAUCAAAUACAGCUUUGUAUGUGACCGCUCUGUACGACUUUGGUGGCCAAAGUCCCGGUGAUCUUGCAUUCCGCGAAGGUGAUCGGAUCCGCGUUCUCCAGAAGACAGAGAGUACGGACGACUGGUGGGAAGGUGAGCUUCGAGGCGUCAAAGGGAGCUUCCCUGCCAACUAUGUGGAAUAA